AUGACAAAGUUGUCGGGCGCACUUGCUCCCGGGGCCACUGGCUUGCUUAUGGUGUUGGCGGCGCCGCCCACACCCACUAUUGCCAUCGUCGCCGCGCCCCCCGUCCCGACUUGGGGGCUUCCCCCGCUUGUGAUGGUGGCUGUGCGUGGCUUCUUGCUCAAGGUCGUAGGGGCGGCGGGGGAGCCGGAAGUGGCCCCCGCACCAAGCCUUGCCGCGCCGGCCACGACGGUCGCGGUGACCACCGCCGCCCCCGGGACGGCGCCCGGCGACGCGCCAGCAGCCGCGGACGCUGCUGGCGCGGAUUCUUCUGCCGUCUAG